AUGCCAUCUGAGCCCAUAGAAGCCGAGUUUAUUUCACCCCCAGCGCUCUUGAGCGCGCAGGAGGACGACUUUCGGAUCCUUCAUAGCGAAGGACCUCCAACGCGGCAAUCCUCGCCUGAUACGGCUGUCGCUCAUUGUCAUGACGUCAAGCUAAAGGAAAGAUCCCCGAGAGAUGAGUUUGGCGCGCAAGUGGUACGCUCGUUUAUCACCGUUGCGACCUCUUUUCUCUGUCUCGCUGUCGCCGUUGGGAGCUCCAUCGUCACCGGCGAUAUGGUCGGUCCUACAAAAACGCUCCAUAUCCAACAAACAAUUACGAACCUCACGGUUACCUGCUUUGUUAUGGGCUUCGGGCUUGGACCUCUCUUCCUUGCACCACUAUCGGAAGUCUUUGGCCGUCGUCCCAUCUACUGCAUCAGCAUCUUCCUCUACUUCAUCUUCACGUUACCAAGCGCGCUGGCGAAGAACGGUGCUACCCUCGUUGUCGCACGUAUGAUUGCCGGGCUCUGCGCAUCAGCACCCAUAUGCAACGUAGGCGGCACCAUCGCCGACGUUUGGGCUGUUGAAAAUCGUGGGGCUCCCAUGGCUCUCUUUUCUGGAACCCUCUUCAUGGGUCCCUGUAUCGGCCCAAUGAUUGGGGGUUGGAUUGGCAUGCGUGCCGGCUGGCGAUGGAUCUACUGGGUCCUAUUCAUCUUCAUCGGCGUCUGUUUCAUCUUUACGUUUUUCAUCCCCGAGACUCUCGCCCCCGUCAUCCUGCGCAAGAAAGCUGAGAAGCUAAGGAAAGAAACGGGUGAUGAUAAGUACCGGACCCUCGAAGAGCUGGAAAAACUCCCUUUCUCUGAGACACUCAAGAUUGCUCUGAUUCGGCCGUUUAUUAUGAUCCUGACGGAGCCCAUCGUGAUCUUUAUGUCCAUCUACCUCUCUUUUGUAUACAGCCUCCUCUACCUCCUUUUCUUUGCCUUCCCCAUCGCCUUCAGCGAGAUUCGAGGCUUCAGCGACGGCAUGACCGGGAUCACCUUCGUCAGCAUCAUGCUGGGUAUCCUUGGUGCUUUGGCUCUAGUUCCCGUGCAAGAAAAACUUUACAAAAACGCAACAAGAAACGGCUCAUACCCUGAAGCUCGCCUGUUUCCGAUGAUGGCAGGUGCAUUUAUCAUGCCAACGGCCCUCUUCAUCUUCGCCUUCACCGGCGCAUACCGCCACGUCCACUGGAUGGGUCCCAUCGUCUCAGGCGUCGUCUUUGGGUUCGCCAUGAUUCUCCUCUACGUCUCAGCCAACUCGUACAUCAUCGACUCUUACUCAAACUGCGCCGCAACGGCCAUGGCGGCCAAGACCUUCAUGCGGUCAGAGAUCGGCGCCAUGGUCCCUCUAUUCGUCAACCCAAUGUUCCACAACAUGGGCUUCCAGUACGCGGGGCUAUUGUUAGCGCUUCUUGCGUUGGCGAUUGCACCUAUACCGUUUGUGUUUUAUAAGUAUGGAGAGAGGAUCCGAAUGGGCUCAAAGAGGGCGUCCAAGAAUCGGAGGAUUCGGGAUGAGGAUGUCGGGGUUAGUGAAAAGGGGCAGAUUUGA